AUGUCAGAAAUAAAAAAUAAUAAGAAAGUAAAUGAAAUUAUCGAAGGAAUAAGCAGUUUAAGCCUCGGAGAAGUAAGUGAGUUAGUAGACAGUAUUAAGGAAAAAUUUAAUAUCCAAGAAACCGCAAUAGUUCAAGCAGCAGCAGUUACCCAAGAAGGCGAAAAAACUGAGGAAAAAGGUGGUAAUGUCACUCUACAUGUAUCAGAAGUUGGUGCCCAACCAAUUAAAGUUUAUGGAGAAGUAAAGGAAGUGGUUAAUAGUGCUGGUGGCGAACAAAUAAAUAUUGUCAAGGCUAAGCAAAUGAUCGACCAAAAAAAACCAAUUUUAGAAAAUAUUCCUAAGGCGAAAGCCGAAGAAUAUAAAAAACGAUUAGAAGAUAAAGGAGCGAAAGUAGAAAUUAAAUAA